AUGAUUACGUAUACACUGACUUUACUUUAUUAUUUUGUUCUUAUCGACGGAAAGCAUUUUAACGGGGGUACCAUUCAAUGGGAGCCGAUAAGUCCUUAUGCAAAUUCCUCCACAGUUCCAAUUACUAUCACACAGAUAUACUCAUGGGCGUACCCGACUAUAAGUUGUGCAACAAAUGUACCGAUUUCAACUAGUGGAAGAAGUAAUGCAAAUGCUAAUUUGACAUGUACGGCUGACUGUUCAACUGAUGGUGGCUAUUCAACUAAACCAGUUAAUAUUUUAACUGACUGUACUUCAACCAGUUCAGCAUUAGGUAUGAUGACAAGUGAACGAUCAGUCAAUAUUACAUUGACGGCUGAUGCACAUUUUUACUUAUCAUAUAUGGGAAGUGCUUGGGUAGGACUGAAUUAUCCAGCUCAAACUGGUCUUCAAUGGUCAAUAACAACUUUCAUUGAUCUUCGACUUCGAGGUGAUGGUUUCAUUAACACUCCACCAGUGGCAAGCGUUGUUUCUCCACAAUAUGCUAUUGUGAAUACAUCUACUCAGAUUAAAAUUCCUGUUUCGGAUGCCAACGUCGGUGAUGAUGUGCGUUGUCGAUGGUCAAAAUACAUACCAGGAGUUAAUCGACGAAGACGAUCAGUUGAAGACAAACAUCGCCAAAACAAAAGAGGUGGUUGUGGUAGCUGCUCUAGUUGGUGUGCAAAAGGAUGUUCUUGCAGUUGUUCCGGUUGUAUCGGAACUACUUGUAAUGGUUCAAGUUGUACAAAAAAUAAAGGUUGCCCAUCAUUAUCAACUACUGUUGCAACGACUACUACCGAAACUCCUGGAACAUUAGCAUCAACAAUAUCGUAUGCAACACGACAAGCCAUUGAUGAAUGUGGUAGUAUUUGUUAUCCAGGCAGUUUACCGAACGGCACAACGUUGUCCAAUUGUACUCUGUCGUUUAUAGGAUUAGUGCCUAAUACUUGGUAUGCAGUUGCUAUUCAAGUAGAAGAUUUUAUCAAUUCAUCAAGUAAUACUCCAAUGAGUUCGGUACCAGUUCAAUUUUUAAUUUAUGUCAUGCCGGAACCAUUCUGUCCACAGUCACCACAGAUUAUCCCUGUUACAGAUUGUAUGGAAGUUCUUACUGGUAUUGCAAAGAGUUUUAAUAUUUAUGCCAUGACGAUGUGUGACCCAAAUGACGUUGAUAUUGACGAAAUUGUUGUCACAAAUGGAAUAUCUGGUAUGGUAAUUGGAAGUCUGACGAAAUCAUCUUCAAAUUCAUCAUUAUCCUAUAAAACUUUCACUUGGACACCACAAGCUAAUCAAAUUGGAUUACAAGAAUUGUGUGUCGUUGCCUUCACAGAAGAACAAGUACAAUCAUCAGAAUAUUGUAUCACAUUCGAUGUAGUAACAUCAUUUGUACUUUGUAUACCAAUAACAACAACGACAACAACUACAUCAACAACAACAUCGACAACCUCAACAACAUCCACAUCCACAACCUCAACAACAACUACAACCACAACCUCAACAACAACUACAUCCACAACCUCAACAACAACUACAUCCACAACCUCAACAACAACUACAACCACGACGACUUCUACAUCAACAUCCACCACAAGCACUACAACUACUAGUACCACAACAACAACGUCGACUACAACUUCUACUACAUCCACCUCAACAUCAACUACUACAACUUCAACGACAACCACCACUUCAACUACUACCACGUCAACAACAUCUACGAGCACAACAACGUAA